GGAUAUCUGAGGGACUACACCCAGAGUCUCCAUUCAGCCGGGACUCUACUGCUCAAACUCUCAUUAGAGAAGGGGGCGUGCGGGACAUCCAGAUACAGGGUAACCGCGAACCGAGACCGCACGCAACUGCCAGUCCCUCUUUUUAAGGCUAGCUUGUGAGCGUUUGAAACCAGAGGGCAAGUAUGUCUUCAUGGCAGAGCUACGUGGAUAACCUGAUGUCGGAUGGCUCGUGCCAGGACUCCGCCAUUGUCGGGUGCAACUCGGACUCUAAAUACGUGUGGGCAGCGCAGGAGGGGGGCACAUUCGUAAACAUCACGGCCACAGAAAUCGACAUCCUAGUAGGGAAAGACCGAGAAAGUUUUUUCACCAAUGGCCUGACCUUAGGUUCAAAGAAGUGCUCAGUUAUCCGAGACAGCCUCCUAGUCGACAAUGAUUGGACAAUGGACAUAAGGACAAAGAGUCAAGGAGGAGAAGCCACGUACAACAUCACUGUCGGCAAAGCAGCCAAAGCAAUGGUUAUUGUCAUGGGCAAGGAAGGCACCCAUGGAGGGCUGCUCAACAAGAAAGCGUAUCUCAUGGCUGAAUACCUGAGGAAAUCUGGAUAUUAAGACACCUCCCAAUGCUAGCUGCUCAUUCUGCUAACCUUUCUAGAUGAGAUUUGCUUCAUCGUCUAUUGGUUUUCAACUCUACUUCCAUUUUGUGCUGCCCAAACCCUGUUUCUUUCCUAUAAAUGUCCAUUUAUUGUGUUCGGCCCCAUGACGCGUUUCAGACCAAAUGCUAGCGUGAAGACUUCAUGUCUCGAUUCUGCUUAUUCGAAAGUUUUUAGGAGUUUAGUUGAUUAUCAAGGGCUUGAGCUAAACUCAAACUCCCAUUCCUAGAUCAAAUCUGGGAACGGUCGACUGUAUGCAUAUCUUUAAGCCUACCAAAUGAACCCUAGUUAGGCUGGAUGGCAAAUUUAGUGUUUUCGUCAA